AAUAGCUACAAAAUGAUGGUGGUCUAUCCCAUUUUCACGGCCAUAUUUGCCGUUAUAUAUUUAUUGUAUUAUUAUAUAACUAAGAAUCAUGAUUAUUGGAAGAAGAGAAAUGUGCCUUAUUUGAAACCUACGCUAUUAUUUGGAAAUUAUAAAGAAUAUAUUUUCUUCAGAAAAUAUUUUCCGAAGGUCGCGCAAGAGAUUUGCCGAAAAUUUCCUAAUGAGCCAUACGUCGGAGUCUUCUACGGCACGGAUCCCGCUCUCAUCAUCAAAGAUCCGAACAUUAUCAAACUUGUUAUGGCAAAAGAUUUCUACUACUUUAACUACAGAGAGAUAUCGCAGCACACACACAAGGAGUUAAUUACCCAGAAUAUGUUCUUCAAUGGAGGUGACACGUGGAAAGUUCUACGUCAAAAUUUAACGGCGCUAUUUUCAUCUGCCAAAAUGAAAAAUAUGUUUCCUUUGAUUGAAUCUUGCGCGAGUACUUUGGAAGACACUUUGGGUAAAGAAAUGACCAAUCAAAAUACAAUUGAAAUUAAGUCUCUUCUAGCGAGAUACACAAUGGACUGUAUUGGAUCUUGUGCGUUUGGUGUAAACACUGGUACGUUAGCAAAAAAAUCACCGUCUAACCCGUUCACCAUAAUGGGCGAAAAAUUAUUUGAUGUUUCAAACUAUGGAGGAUUUCGAAUGGUCAGCCGUGCGAUGUGGCCCUCCCUCUUUUACAAAUUAGGGUUCACACUGUUCGAAAGUGAUAUACAGCACUUUUUCAAAAAAUUAUUAACUGACGUUUUUGAAAGCCGCCAGUACAAGGAAUCUUCGAGAAACGAUUUCGUUGAUCUUAUCUUGGGUUGGAAGAAAAAGACAUAUUUGUGUGGCGACAGCAUAACUAACUUCAAUACAGGAGCUAAGACAACAAUAAGCCUGAAUGUAGAUGACAAUUUACUGAUCGCUCAGUGCACACUCUUCUUUGCUGCGGGAUUUGAAACGACAUCGACUACGACAAGCUUUGUACUUUACGAACUAGCAAAGAGAAAAGAUGCUCAGACCCGAGUGCUUCAAGAAAUCGACGACUAUUUCCAAAGACACGAAGGCAAGAUACAAUACGAGUGUAUCAAUGAGAUGCCGUUUGUCCAAGCGUGCAUUGACGAAACGCUUCGUAUUUACCCUGUACUGGGCGUCCUCACUAGAGAAGUAACGGAAGACUACACUCUUCCAACAGGUCUACGUUUAGAGAAAGGCACACGUGUCCAUAUACCUGUAUACGAUUUACAUCAUAAUCCAGAAAACUUCCCGGAUCCUGAAGAGUUUCGUCCAGAAAGAUUCUUGGGUGAAGAAAAGAAGAACAUCAAGCAGUUUACUUAUAUGCCCUUCGGUGAAGGACCUCGGAUAUGUAUAGGAAUGCGGUUCGCAAGGAUGCCGAUAGUUGCGGGCCUCCUCACUAUAUUGAAGAACUAUAGUGUCGAGCUGGCUGAGGGCAUGCCUCGAACUGUUGACUUUCAACCCCGAGCCCUCGUCACGCAGGCUAUGCAGAAAAUUAAUAUUAAGUUUAUACCUCGUAAAUUAUAAUUAUACAUAAUGUCUUGUUUACUAAUAUUGACCUUAAUACAUGUUAUGUAUCAUAACGAUUUGCUAUUAAUUUGUUAUAUGAUAAUAAUGUCACUCAGGUUAAUUGGUACUAGAUUUUCUUUGGUGAUUAACAUUUGUUCAUCGAGCUGGUGUCUGAAAGUCUUGUAACUAUUCGUUUAUCUAAAACUGACUGUCUUAAUCUAAAAAAAAUAUCUUACAACAUCAACACAUUUUGAUGCGAAUUGAACUGCGAAAGGAAUAUUAAAUUUUGCUGAUAAUUAAAGUUCAGUUAAACAAAUAUAAUCACCAAUUAACUGAUUGUUUCAUUAAGUUUAAAGGCUUACAGGAAUCUAUAGUUAAUUUAUUAUACUAUAAAGCUAAAACUUAUCUAUCA